AUGAUCACUUGGGAUUUCUCCAACAAGAUCAUCAAGGAAAAACUGGUUGAGAAAAACAACCAACCACCAAGAGCUCCCACCUUGCUCACCAACAGCUUCCCCACCAACAGCUUCCCCACCACAAGCUUCCCCCCAACAGCUACAAGAGCUUCCCCCACCAAGAGCUUCCCCACCAGAGCUUCCCCACCAAGAUCUACCCCCACCAAGAGCUUCCCCACCAGGCUUCACCAAAGCUUCCCCCACCAAGAACUUCCCCACCAAGAUCUUCCCCACCAAGAGCUUCCCCACCAAGAGCUACCAAGGCUCCACCAAGAGCUUCACCAAGAGCUCCACAAGGCAUCUCCCCACCAAGAGCUUCCUCACUCAAGAGCUUACCACCAAGAGCUUCCCACCAAGAGCUUCCCCACCAAGAGCUUCCCCACCAAGAGCUUCCCCACCAAGAGCUUCCCCCACCAAGAGCUUCCCUCACCAAGGCUUCUCCCACCAAGAGCUUCUCCCACCAAGGCUCAAGAGCUUCCCCACCAGGCUUCCCUCACCAAGAGCUUCUCCCCACCAAGAGCUUCUCCCCACCAAGUGCUUCUCCCCCACCAAGGUUCCCCCACCAAGGUUUCCCCACCAAGGCUUCCCUCACCAAGAGCUCCUCCAAGAGCUUCUCCCACCAAGAGCUUCUCCCCACCAAGUGCUUCUCCCACCAAGAGUUUCCACCAAGACCCCACCAAGAGCUCUCCCACCAGAGCUUCUCCCCACCAAGAGUUUCCCCCACCAAGAGCUUCCCUCCACCAAAAGCUUCCAAACUUAAAGAAAAUGGAAAGUUAG